CAGCAGACGAGUUAUUUGUUUGGGUUGCUUGUAUAUUCAGUGUUUAUAUUUCAUAAGUCAGCAACGAAAAAUAUUUUUAAUGCUUGCUGGAUUACAAAAGGUACACUCGAAGAAACAAUGAACUCCAAGAAAAAACACAAUAUUCAAUUUACAAAACCAGCUGAGCCACCAUUUUUAACCAGACUGAAGCAGCAAGCUGGUUAUGUGGAAGGACCAAACGUUGAUACAAAGAAAGAAAAACUACCAGAAAUUGAUGACGAUGAUUUUCAAGACAGAGAUGAUGAGAGACCUGUUGUUGUUGUCAUGAAUGAAGGAGAUUUGACAGAACAAGAGGCUUAUGUACAUGUUAAAAUUCAAGAAGCACAAAAAGAAGUUGAAGUUGCCAAGGCAGAGUUAUCUCAAAAGAUAAUUUUUAAAAGAAAAAAAAAUCCUGAAGAUUUGGGUUCUGCGGAAUGUUCCAACCCUAAAGAAGUUAAAAAGAAAAAAUCUUCAAAACCACCAAUGAGACAUGUUUUGUCAUUCAACGAUGAAGAGGAUGAGUGACAUUAGUGUGAACAGAAUGAAAUCAAAUAAGUACUGUAAAUAAGAAUGUUAAUUAAAAUAUGUUUUAUAAGGGAAUUUUAAUCGUAUUGAACACUCCACAUUAGCCACCUACCACAACCACUGUCUUGGUGUACAUAUCAUCAUUGUGCAAUCUUUUUUUAGUUUAGUGUAACACACAUGUAGCAACAUGCGUGUCCACGGUGUUUAUUUCAAACUCCUGCAUUAUUUGAUCCUGUAAAUCUCGCUUUGCCAAAAUAUUUCAAAUAAAUGUA